AUGGCAACAAUAAAUAUUGAACCAUUAAAUAAUUUUUAUUCAGAAAAUCAAUGUCAAACUAUAGGUGAUAAAUGUCAACAAAAUACUGAUUGUUGUUCGAAUUUAAUUUGUUAUUCUAUUUCAAAACAAAAUCUUUGUUUACCAUUUGACAAACGAAUGAAACGUUAUUCAGAUGAUUUUAUUAUUCCUCCAUAUUAUAAUCCACAAAAUUAUCUAUAUCCAUAUGGUAUAAAUAUGCCACCAUUUCCAUUUUAUAAUGCAUAUGGUACAAAACAAUCAGAAAUACAGCCGAGAAAUAAAAAGGAAUGGGAUAAUUGUCAAUUUCAUGAAGAUUGUGGUGAAAACAAUUGUUGUUAUGUUCAUUUUCGAUUUCGUAGUUUACCAAAAUCAUUUUGUCGACCAAAUCGAAAUAAUAAGAGUAAACUUUGUGAACCUCUCACUAAGUAUCGUUCACUUAAAGAUGUACCAGCAUGGAAACAACAGCAACAACAACAAAAACAGCAAUCUAAGCAAGCUCAACAACAACAACAACAACAACAACAACAAAAGCAACAACAACCAUUUCCAUUACGCAUUUCAUAUUUUGGUCAAUAA